CACAACAUUCCCAAUUUCAAACAGGAGGUUGCAAAUGUGUCUAGGUUCUUGUUUUACAUGGACUCCAUCAAACCUUCCCUGGAUUUUGUCAAUCAAUUGGAGAAAAGCAGGUCCUUUUUUACCAAGCUUGCAAACAUUGGACAGAAGAAGCAAACAAUUGCAAACUACAUGAAGAAUCUGAAGAGGUUUCUUCGCUACAUCACGACGUCAACAAACCUCAUCCAGACAGACAGGAGCUUGUAUGAGCAAUGCAAGCAUUUCCAAGGCUGCCUGAACGACUUACAGAAGUCCACGAGCAAGCAGGUGUCUCAGGAAAUUACCGGGAAAAGGUACACACAGAUGGUGACGGUUGCAAAGACACCAAAAGAAUGUGUGGCAGUCUUGGAGGUGGCCAAGAAAGACUUUCUGGGUGUCAUUGGGAAGGCCACGAGUGAAGAAUCGUUGGAUGAACCUGAACAACUGCUCAUGCUGUCCUACCUGGAGUCUCUGCUCAUGCUGAAACAUCUCCAAAGGGCUGGAGUUGUAAAAAAUAUGACCCUGAACGAAUGGCUCUCAAGGAAGGAGUGCAUCUUGCCAAAUGGUGAGAAAUGGACUGUCAUCUGUGUUAAGCAACACAAGACAGGGACACAGCAGGUGGCAACCGUUUCGUUAGACGAGGAGGAAGAUGCAUGGUUGGAUACGUACUACCGACACGUUCGACCAGCUUUUCUUCAAAACUGUGAUGACGUGGAAGAAGAUGAGAGAUUCUUCAUUUCCACAGUUGGAAGAGCCAUCUACAACCCGUCCAAUGACCUACAAAGGUUUCAUGCCAAAUACAAACUCCCCAACAUCACCAGCCAGGUAGCAAGGCACAUUUUUGAGACACACACCAAAGCCAACUUCACGGAUGCAGAGAAGGCACUUGUUGCUGACUACUUGGACCAUACAACUGCCACAGCUGACAGGCACUACCGCAUGAAGACACCACUCAAUGCCUGCAUGGGAAUGAAGCUGAUCUCCAAAGUUACCAUGUCCAGUGAAUCUGAUAAUGAGACUGCAGGCCCCUCCUCCGCAAGCACAAGUUGUGGAACAGGAGCAUUGUCCAGCAGCCAAACGUUGGAUGAGGCACAGGCCUUGAACCUCUUCUAUCAAAGCUUCCCUGUCACAGUUGAUGGACAAUCAAUCAAGAAGAAGGACAGACUACUGAUUGCAGGAAGGCAUGAGAGACACUGUUAUGACAAGUGGAGAAACCAGCAAGAGAAAAUGAGACGGGAUUAUGUGAUCGCUCACUUCCCCAGAAGAGAACCCACUGCCAGAAAAGCAGAGAUAUACAUUAAACGGCAGAACUGGGAGAAGAACAAAGUGAUGGUGGAGGAUGUCCUUCGUUACUGGCAACCUUCAAGCGACAUUGACACAAAAAAUGAAAACACUGCAAUUAUAAAACUGGUGAAGUCCCAGAAGUGGAAAGGACUGUGCAUUUCCAGUGACCCUGUCAAAGGAAGAAAGGUCACGACAACACGGAAAUUUGCCAAAGGGGAAGUCGUCUGUGACUACCACGGUCUCCCACUCUCGGGGAAGCAGGGGAAAGAACUUUUGGCAGCAACAGAUGACGACGAGGUGGGGUACCUAUAUUUCUACAAGGAUGUAUCAGGGAAAACGUGCUGCAUAGAUGCCAAGACUGUGCCCUGCCCUUGCCACCCAGAGAAGGACACGAUUGGACGGAGGAUCAACCACUCCAGAAAGAGAAGCAACAUAAAAGGUCAGCUUCAGCAACUUGAAGAGGACGGCAAAGUGUGGAACGUCAUCCUUUUCAUUGCCCAACGAGACAUUCCGGUUCAGGAAGAACUGUUGUUUGACUAUGGGGUGUCAAGAAAAUAUUUGGGUGGAGAAGGAGAAGAUUUGGAACGGAUUAACAGCUAGUCAGUCAGCACGAAAUCACCAAUAGCUGAUGGGACUCAAAAAUAUCCUUAAACCCCUUUUUUU